ACACAUUUGCUCCUCAAAAUAUGCCAGGUGGUUUAGAGGGGAAAAAAGCAAAUAUUGAGAUAAUUUUCUUUUCUUUAUGAUUAUCAAAUUAUAAUUAAUUAAUUACACCAACGAAUUUACAGAACCUUAACAGACAUCCAAGUUUCCCGCUCUGCGUUCCAACCAGUCCAGAUUUUCCCGCGAACCCCUAACUCCAUCCACAUCCCAAUCCAAUCAAUUCAAUUACGUACCUUUACGUUUCAACUCUCAUCCUUAAUCUCCUUCCUCCCCGUCAUAAUCCUAGUUUGUCCUUUCAUUUUCCAAUUCUUAAUUUCCUUUCUCCAUCCAAAACCAAGGAAAAACCAUGAGCUGGUGGUGGGCAGGUGCCAUCGGCGUUACCAGGAAGAAAUCCGACGUAGACGCCGCCGCACCUCGGACCAAUUACCAGAGCGUCGCCCUAAUCGUGGGAGUCACCGGCAUAGUCGGCAACAGCCUGGCCGAAAUCCUCCCGCUCCCCGACACCCCCGGCGGACCAUGGAAAGUCUACGGCGUUGCCCGCCGCCCCCGUACCGCCUGGAGCGCCGACCACCGCAUGCGCUACAUCCAAUGCGAUGUCGCCGACGCCGCCGCCGCGAAAUACAAGCUUGCCCAGCUAAACGACGUUACGCACAUCUUCUACGCCACGUGGGCCCGCUGCUCCACGGAGGAGGAGAAUUGCCGGGUCAACUCCCAAAUGUUCCGCAACGUCCUCCAGGCGGUGGUCCCCAACGCGCCGAACCUCCGCCACGUGUGCCUACAGACGGGCGUGAACCACUACGUGGGCCCCAUCAGGUCGCCCGAACCCGGCCCAAGACCCGAACCGCCUUUCACCGAGGAUCUGCCCCGUUUGAGAUCCCCAAAUUUCUACUACUCCCUUGAAGACGUCUUGUUCGAGGAGACGGCGGCGAGGAAGCAGGGCCGGCCGCUGACGUGGUCCGUCCACCGCCCGGGCCAGAUCUGGGGGUUCUCGCCGUACAGCCUGAUGAACGUGAUCGGGUCCCUAUGCGCGUACGCCGCCAUAUGCAAGCACGAAGGGAGGCCGCUGAUUUUCCCCGGAUCGGAGGCGGCGUGGAAGGGGUACUCGGUGGCGUCGGACGCGGAUCUGGUGGCGGAGCACCAGAUCUGGGCGGCAGUGGACCCGAACGCGAAGGACGAGGCGUUCAAUGUGAUGAAUGGGGAUGCGUUCAAGUGGAAGCAGCUGUGGAAGGUGCUGGCGGAGCAGUUCGGGAUUGAGAAGCAGGGGAUGGAGGAGGCGGAGGAGAGGCGGCGAGUGGGGCUGGCGGAGAUGAUGAAGGGGAAGGAGAAGGUGUGGGAGGAGAUUGUGAGGAAGAACGAUCUGGUGGCGACGAAGCUAGAGGAGAUUGGGAACUGGUGGUACGUGGAUGAGGUGCUCGGCGGCGAUGGCGAAGGCGGCGGUGGAGGUGAAGGCGGUGGGAUGAUGAUGAGUAUGAAUAAGAGUAAAGAGCAUGGGUUUUUAGGGUUCAGGAAUUCGGAUCGCUCGUUUGUUGCUUGGAUUGAUAAAUUGAAGGCUUUCAGGAUUGUGCCUUGACACAGAAUGAACGCCAGCGGCCAUAAUGCACAAAAACAAAAUGGAUACAUUUUUGAACUUCUGAUUCUUAUAACAUUAAUUUUUCUUUAUGACAGGUUAUAACGUUAAUUUGAAGGUGAAUUAUUAAAUGAUAUAGACAUG